ACUCGAUAUACCACCAGCUCCUUCUGGUCCUUCUUACCUGUCUGUUCCAGCUCAUUUUCCUCUUCCGUGGGAGCAUUUCAGGUCUAAUUGUGAUCCAACUUCAUCAGAUCAAUACAGGCAACAGCAUACCACCUAUACCAUGCCUCCUGCUACAGAUCCAUACAGACAGAAUUGCACACCACCACCAGCAGACCAAUACAAACCAGGUUAUGCGCCCCCUCUACAAUACCAAGCUGGGCAAGGUUAUGCAUUCCCUCCAUCAUUGUACGAACAUCAUCAAUACUACGCUGGACCACCGUCAAACCAGUACAGGCAAGAUCAUGCACCUCGUACAUCAUACCAAUGUGCACAAGUUUAUGUGCCACCUCGAUUUGAUCAAUUCACAGAAGGUUAUAUACCCCCUUCAUUGAACCAAUAUAGACAUGAUUAUGCAUCACUGCCACCGCCAUCAGACCAAUACAGUGCGUCCGAGUAUAACUUAGGUGUUUCAAAUGAACCUCAAUAUGUGUCUAUGGAUACUGCCACCAAUGCAAAUUAUCCAUAUCCGCCUUCAUAUUCAGCGCCUACAGUUAGUGCAGAGAAUGGCUUUUAUGCUCAAGCUACAGAUCAAUUGCCUUCAAAUUAUCCGCCACCUGCCAAUGGUGCACCAACUCAAGUAACUACAGAUUAUCCUUUGGCUUCGACUGGUGCACCACUUCAAGUGAACCCUUUAUAUUACCAUGCAACUUGAAUGGCCCACUUCUUCAAGUGGACCCUUCAAAAUUUUCUGCAAAAUCUAGCAGUCUACCUCUUCAAGUGAACUCUGGAUAGCAACUACAUUGCAAAUCUGUUGAGUGUCACCGACAAUACUCCAGUGUUUACAUUUGAUGAAUUGAAGAAAUCUGCUCAUUAUCCCAGCAUGGAUUAUAUGCACCUAGAGUGUGAAACUGGAAAAUUGAUAUGUUUUCAUGGGUGAGUUCUACUACCAGGUAAUUGCUUGUGAGUAAUUCCAUAAUUGCUAGGAUUAUCAGCUGGGUUUAAACUGAGAAUGUACAGUCAGUAUUUUACUUACUGCCAAGUAUUAUAUCUAUACCAGUGUAACAUAUGUUAGGUGUGUUUUUCGUAAUCCUAAUUCCAUAUGUAUGUUAUUUUCCUUUGUUCUGUUUAUCUCUUCAUGCUCCCUUUUCAUGUUGUUUCCUGAACUCUAGUCCUGUAUAUUUUGAGGUAUUUAGUUGUCUUUGCUGAUAUCUGAUA